UCCCCCAAUAGUUUUGAUCAUUGGUUUUAUCUAGCUUCAAAAGGUGAAAGGGCCAAAGGUUAACGUCCUCCAAUGACUGACCCAGGUGAUGUUUGUUCCGACAUCUGGGAAGAAAUACCGCGAAAAUGGGUGUAAAAAUUCGGACCUUUCGGCCUUCCGAUGCCAAAACGGUCCGUAAAGUCUUGAUAGACGGACUCUUCUCCAACAUAGAUCCCGCUUUUUUCGUGGGCGUGAGGCGCCCCUCUGUGAUCGUCUCCGUGCUGGUUUUGACGGCUCUGAUGUAUUAUUGGACAUUGUCUCUCUUGUACACCAUCGCGUUUUUCGUGGCUCUGUUGUGCCUGUACUAUCUAACUCUCCUGGUAGCCGCGCACCUGUUGACCAUGGGGCCGCUGUUUGACGACAUCGAAAACGUACAGGGCAACUACAUGAAGCCCAGACGGAAUUUCUGGGUGGCGGAGGCGGAUGAUGGACAGGUGGUUGGCACGAUCGCCAUCACCCUCAUGAAUCUCGACAAGCCAGCCAAUGAGUGCGCCGAUGACGUUGCCUGGUUACGGAGGAUGGCGGUGAGCGAGAAGUACCGGCGGCAGGGUAUCGCCAAGCGCCUGGUGGAGACCGCCAUCGAGUUCUGCAAGAGGAACAAGUACCGCAGGAUAGAGCUGAUCACCACUGAGGUUCAGCUUCCCGCCAAGGCGCUGUACGAGAGGAUGGGGUUCCGAUGCGUCAACACGUGGGCGAGAAGAGAGUACGGCUUCGUGCUGUGGACAUUCACGCUCAUCUAUGACAUACAACAGGACACCAUCUACUACUGAAUAGUAGUGGCUGGCCUCAGCUGUAGUGGGCGGUACGAAAAAGUGAACUUGAAGGGUCCAGCUAGCUUGGGUGCUCUCUCCCAAAGACUCUGACUUUCCACAAGAGGCUGCGACCGCUGAGCGAUGGCUGAGCGACCAAAGCUUGAGAUUUGACAGAUUACUAGUACUUAACAAAUUUCACAGAUUAAUAUUUUUUGUGUAUUGUUGAUAUCUUUUGAAUUAUACUUUUACGCCUUGUAUCAUAAUAAUUCAUAUUCCUAUUACCGGCAGUAUUACACAGACUAAGAUUUUAGAAAUCUAUUUUCAUUUUGUUUUGUUUUAUUGUUUUGUUUUCGUUGUUUUGGUGGUGUCUUGUUCCCAAAGUGCAAUAGCAUCGGAAAACAUUGUAUGAAAUACUAAUGUUCUUGUUGCAGAAAUCGUGCUUCACAAAACUACUUUGUAAUGUCAGUUUUAGCUGGUUUCCGAGGGUGUGCAAUUUAUCGUUUCAUGAAGAAGGUUGAAUUGUAGCAUCAGUGCAAAACUUUUAGCGGUCACUGACGGCACAAUAUGAUUGGUUUAUCGCACUUAAUAGCGUUAUGUAUUGUCACUGUACGUGAUAUUUACAUUUGUAUAGAAUAUUUAUUAUUGAGACAUCGUCAAGUGUUUCUUUAGUGUAAAGGAUAUCGGUUCAGUAAAUUUGAGUUCGUUGAUGUACAUCAUUGCACAAAUGCUGCAAGAACUACUAGUAUUCAACGUGGGUGCAAAUGAAAGAUAUGUGAAGUGACAGUUUCCUGUAAAGUGUACGUUUUGUGAUAUCAAUUAAAUUAAUGUGUGUGAUGCUGGAUCAUUGUGAAAUAUAUAUUACUAGCCUGGAAUAAAGUUUAUGUUUUUUUGUGGGGUGCACACUGAAAGUGUAAUACUUGGAUCAUUGCAUUUGCAUAAUUUUAUUGUAGUCCUAGUGUCAAGGCUGGACUAGACUGUACUGUAUUUGAUGGUUUAACGUAAUGCACAUAUUGUUGCAGGACGCAGGUUAUAAAGUUUUAGUAGUUGUGCCAACCAGCUACUCACACGUACACUAAAGUAUGCAACAUCAAGGCGAUUGCAGAACUGUGACAGUGCCAACUGAGUCAGUGAGAUCGUGCCCGAACUACAUGUAUGUUAGUGUUCGGUGGAUGGUGAAUUAUACUAUCUCUGAUAGCAAAUAAGUUCUCUUAAAGGUACGUAUUGUAGAAACAUGUUCUAAAAAUUUCCUGAUCUUUUUUUUUCAUUUAGAAAUAACUUUCAGUGUUUUCGCGCCAUGGCCCACAUUCCCAGCCCGGCACACAAUGCGAAAGCAAGCCGCAGAAGUAGUACUACCGAAAGAUUCCAAGCUGGACAGUUUAGUUCAGUUCAUCCUCGUAAGAGGUGCCGUUAAUGAUGUCCGACCAUGCAUCUCAUGCGUCAACCACCAAGCUGGACAGAAUAGCUUACAAUACAAGCGGCGGUGGGAAGUGGGCGUAUUGCGAGACGUUCUCACGACGCAACAAAGUCGCAUUCGUUCGAUGCACUUCGAUGUAACUAUCGCUGACUUAUGAUGUAGAAAGAUGGAAAAAAUUACGACUUUGUUGUAAUCGAUUUGGAUUGGUCAGAUUCUUCAAUACGUACCUUUAAUGAUUUCAAGAUCAAGUUUGCUGGACAAGCUUCAAUCGGUCUACGAAUGUACCCACAUCAGAUGUUGAUUUGAAGAAUAAAGAAUUAAAUACUUACAAGAA